GUGAUUUCACCACGUGUACUGCUGCUCUUUAACGUCUAUGUUUACUGCCUCACACCAGUGUGACACGUGGACGGGGCCAUAAAGAGACUAUGUGCAGUGUAUAUAUAUAUUGAGAAGGUAAAUUUUUUUUUUUGAAGGAUUUUAAACGCCUCGCUUUGUUUGUUUUUCCUGGAGAGACGGUAGACAGUUAGUGUCUUAUGUAAUGUCCAUUUGGACAGAUCGCGCCAAAACGCAUGUUGGGUCGGGUGUAUAAAAGGGGACGCCUGGAUCAUUUCAACGCCUCAAAAGACGUUAAUCGAACUAUUUACAAUUUUAUAUAAUUUCGAAUACAUGUUUUAUUUCUUACAAACUGAUAUUUUAGCUGAGGGAGGAGGAUGCGUGUACAGCAAAUGUCUGUUUUGGUCGCUGAACCCCCCUCCCUUCUAGAGGGAACAUGGUAGAGUCCAUUACACGUCAUCCAUUGUUUACAAAUCUAGCCUGGUUGUCGGUCGGAGCUGAGCGGCGUGGCGACAGCGAGCGAGGAGUGAGGAGCGGCCAGGCGGCACUCAUUCAUCCCAACAACCAAGACCCUUCCCCGGACACACCCGACAGACCAUACUGCCGCCACCGAAAUGCCGUGUCGGAAGGAGAACUACAUUUUCCUGGAACAGUCGGUCACCGUCGACUCGAAAGAAGUUGACGCGCUGGUGACGAAGAUCGGCGAGGCGCUUCAGCUUCACAACAAUAGCGGCUGCGGUGGUGGUGGUGGAGGGCAGAUGAAGUCGAUGUCCGUUUCCUGCUUGAGUGGACUCGCUAGCAGCGGCUGCUGCGGAGGUACAGGGUUGAAGCCCACGGCUAACAUCGUGGCCCCCGCCUUCAGACGCAGCAGCAGCGGUGGAGCCGGCGGCAGUGGCAGCUGUUGUAUGCGUCUGCGGAGCCGCGGGCAGCGGGGGAGCAGCAGGGCGAGUCCGUACAGUAUUCCCGGGUCAAAUGGCGAGCAGGACUGGGACCAGAUCAAGCCGUGGAGCAAAAAACGGGUCGGUGUUGUGGACGAGGAUGACGACGACCCGCACAGGCUCCUCCAGGAGUUAAUUUUAUCUGGGAAUCUAAUCAAAGAGGCCGUUCGGAGGUUGCAGUUCUCAGCCGCAGCUGCGGACAACGUGUCGUGCUGAUGAAGGGUACAAGACGCACCGUGGACCAGGGAUGUUUUUCCUGUUCCUUCGCCACAAUGACACUAUACACCCGGGGACUGAUUAAGACUAAAUGAAUUCACAAUAAUGGUAGCUACGUUUUUUUCCACCAAGUUUCGGACGUUUUGUAAUGUUUUUUUGUUUUGUUUUUUACGAUAGCAAUUGUUAGCCACUCAGGCUAAUGAGCCGUGAUGUUUAUGUUUGAAUAAUGUGGAGGAGGUAGAGGGUUGAGGGCAAUAUCAAAGGCAAAAAGACUCGAAAUGUUUUAAGGAACGGAAGAGUCGUUGAUGUAUAAUAUCAUUUUACAAAACGUUGUGGUUUUUACUUCAGAAAUCCUGCGUUUCUAACCACAAAUAUUUUAAGGUCUGGUCAGAGCCCUUGCAUCAUGGUGGCAGCCAUCUUGCACCGCCAUAUUCUUUUGCUGACACUGUCAUCGAAAGAUGUUUAUUUUAAUGGCCGUGUAAAAACUACUUAUUUAAUGUUGCCAUAAAUAAUGUAGGCUAGCACACGUUUCACGUUUCUCUGUAAAUAUGGACAAAUAUGUUUGCCAAAUAGGAAUGGGACAAAAUGGCGUUUUUCGAAGUUGAGAAUUUUUCAAAAAGUCAAAUUUCCUUUUUCCAUUUCAAUUUCUCUCGUGAGUGGAUUUUUUUUUUGAAACCCAUAUAUCUAAAUUAGCUGGAAAGUGUUGAUACAUUAUUGCAACUUUUUUUAAAUUUAGGAUUUCUUUAGUACA